AUGCGCGGUGCCGAUCAGGUGCUUGUGAUAAACCGCUCCCUUAGCGCUCCCUGCGCAACCCUUCGCCACCUCAGCACUUUAUCGGAACGCUGCGCUGUGGAGGAUACGGGAGUCGUGUUGGCGCUUAGGAACCCUCGAUUACCCCUCCCGCGUGCGGUUUCGCUAUUUCCAAAUUUCAUCACUAGUUCCUCUUCAUUUUCUUGUCGUCAUGCUGCGAAGGUGGGGAAGGCAAUCGUGGCAACUGAACCCGUUGAUGCCUGUGAGGGUGGGUCACCUGCCGAUGCCACUGCUCUCCGUGACCGGUUGGGGGCGGCGGAGCUGCAGAUCAGUCUUCUAGACAAUGCUAGUAAGAUCUCAUUAGAGCGAUACACCGUGCUCGAUGAAGCGAAUACAUUGCUCAGGCAACAGUUGCAAGAGGCGCGCAGUGAAAUCAAACGCUUGCGAGUGGAGAACCAACAACUAAGGGAAUUGCUUGAAAAAAGGGAGCUCGUAUAA